GUUUGGAAGAAGAAGAGAAAUUUUACUAGAAUUUUUAGGUUGAAGAAGAGGAGGAGAACUCAAGCAAAGUGUAUCAAUGGCUGAAUUUUAGUUCAUUUUUUACAUCACUGGUUUUUAAUUCAGUUUGAACUCUUCAAAAGGAAUUAAGAGGGCAGUUGGUUUUCAGAGUGUAUUUCGGAGUUGGUUUUCUUGUAUUUCAGAGUGUAUCGGUGGAGUUAGAAUCUCUAUUUGUUAAAUUGUAGGGACAAGUUAAAGAGGUCGUGUGCGCGCGAUUCUGGAAGUGGUUCUGUUUUGAGGGCUAUAUGUGUUUAUGCACGGGGAAUCAGAUUUAUAUGUCUUCAGGGAAGAGCACUGUGUCCUGUGCCUUGAGUAAAAGCUUAUACAAAAUGGGAAAGUUAGCUUAUAUCCUCGAUGGGGACAAUGUGAGGCAUGGCCUGAAUCGCGACCUUGGUUUUAAAGCAGAAGAUCGUGCUGAGAAUAUAAGGAGGGUCGGUGAGGUUGCAAAACUGUUUGCAGACGCUGGAGUUAUUUGCAUUGCUAAUGUGAUAUCUCCUUAUCGAAGGGAUCGAGAUGUCUGUCGUGGUAUUUUGCCUGAUGGAUACUUUAUUGAGGUGUUCAUCGAUGUUCCUCUUGAAGUUUGUGAAGCAAGAGAUGCAAAAGGACUGUAUAAGCUUGCACGGGCAGGGAAGAUCAAAGGUCACUGCAACUUGUUAUCAUCUUCCUUAGAUUUACUUGAUGAUCUCUUCAUAUUUUUACAGGCUUUGCUGGUAUCGAUGAUCCGUACAAAGUACCAUUGAAUUGUGAGAAUGAUUGAAGUAAUCAAAUUGAAAGCUAAGCGAUUCUGUAGAUAGCCAGGCGAUCGUUGAAGGUUGAAGACUGAGAAGGCGUUUAGGAUUUCUUAUUUAAGUCUUGUAUUAGGAUCUUGUUUCAUGUACUAUUGUAGAAUGUAUAUAUAAACACAAUAUUAAGUUUUCAUUUUGUGUAUACAAAUGUAAAAGAUAAAUAUUAUAGU